UGUGGCCGCUCGGAGCGACAGGCGGAUUCCAGACUAAUCCCGGAGGGCUGGCCCAGCCCGAGCUGCCCGGGCUGCGAGGAAGCGAUGACCACUCCUGUUAGCCCAAGUUGAAGGCAGCCCGGCUGCGCUCGGGAGCCCCGGAGGCCGUGCUCUCCAGAAGAGGCGGGAGAGAGAGAGAGAGAGAGCGAGAGAGUGAGCGAGCGAGCGAGCGAGAGAGAGCGAGGAACAUGAACUGAAGAGUAACCAUGUAUGGGAAUUAUUCUCACUUCAUGAAGUUUCCCGCAGGCUUUGGCGGCUCCCCCGGCCACUCCAGCUCCACGUCUAUGAGCCCAUUGACAGCCUUGUCCACAGGGAAGCCAAUGGACAGCCACCCCAACUACACGGACACCCCCGUGAGUGCCCCACGGACUCUGAGCGCGGUGGGGACGCCCCUCAAUGCCCUGGGCUCUCCAUAUAGAGUCAUCGCCUCUGCCAUGGGCCCACCCUCAGGAGCACUGGCUGCGCCUGCGGGAAUCAAUCUGGUUGCCCCGCCCAGCUCUCAGCUAAACGUGGUCAACAGUGUCAGCAUUUCAGAGGACAUCAAGCCCUUACCAGGGCUUCCUGGGAUUGGAAACAUGAACUACCCAUCAACCAGCCCCGGAUCCCUGGUUAAACACAUCUGUGCCAUCUGCGGGGACAGAUCCUCAGGAAAGCACUAUGGUGUGUAUAGCUGUGAAGGCUGCAAAGGCUUCUUCAAGAGAACCAUACGCAAGGACCUCAUGUACACGUGCCGGGAUAACAAGGACUGCCUCAUUGACAAGCGUCAGCGGAAUCGCUGUCAGUACUGCCGCUACCAGAAGUGCCUGGUGAUGGGCAUGAAGAGAGAAGCUGUGCAAGAAGAAAGGCAGAGGAGCCGGGAGCGGGCCGAGAGUGAGGCCGAAUGUGCCAGUAGUGGCCAUGAAGAUAUGCCUGUGGAGAGGAUUCUAGAAGCGGAGCUUGCUGUUGAACCAAAGACGGAAUCCUAUGGUGACAUGAAUGUGGAGAACUCGACGAACGACCCUGUCACGAACAUAUGCCAUGCUGCUGAUAAGCAGCUUUUCACUCUUGUCGAAUGGGCCAAGCGCAUCCCCCACUUCUCUGACCUCACCUUGGAGGACCAGGUCAUCCUGCUCCGGGCAGGGUGGAACGAACUGCUAAUUGCCUCCUUCUCCCACCGCUCCGUCUCCGUGCAGGACGGCAUCCUUCUGGCCACCGGCUUACAUGUCCACCGCAGCAGCGCCCACAGCGCUGGGGUCGGCUCCAUCUUUGACAGAGUCCUGACUGAGCUGGUCUCCAAAAUGAAAGACAUGCAGAUGGACAAGGCGGAGCUGGGGUGCCUGCGGGCCAUCGUGCUGUUUAACCCAGAUGCCAAGGGUCUGUCCAACCCCUCGGAGGUAGAGACUCUGCGAGAGAAGGUUUAUGCCACCCUCGAGGCCUACACGAAGCAGAAGUAUCCGGAACAACCUGGCAGGUUUGCCAAGCUGCUGCUGCGCCUCCCGGCCCUGCGCUCCAUUGGCCUGAAGUGCCUGGAGCACCUGUUUUUCUUCAAGCUCAUCGGGGACACGCCCAUUGACACCUUCCUCAUGGAGAUGUUGGAGACCCCGCUGCAAAUCACCUGAACGCCCCCAGCCGCAGCCCCCUCAGCCUGGGACUACCCGGGGGCGGGUGUGCGUGGACCCCCCACCCUGCACACGUCCCGCCGCCUCCCGCCCUGACCCUUUCCCGUUCCAGUAAUGUGAUGCUUACAAUAAAGAAACCUUUCUACACGUGCGACUUUUAUAGGUGGUUUUGUACAGAUGUUAAAGGAAACCCUUCUUUGCAAUCUGAGGGGCUGGGGAUCUUUCUGGAAGUUCUUGGAAAAACUCACCAAGCCUCUGUACAUAUAAUUGGUUUAAAUUAUUUUUUCACUUGCCAUGGAAAGCAAACGAGCGAAUAAUAAAAUAAUAUAUACGA